CAUAUCACAGUAGAUCACAUAGAUUGUAAACAUUGUAAUAGAAUCUCUUCAGCAUUGAUUAAUUUAAAUCUAAAAUGUCAGCUUGCAGUGCAGCUGAAAUUGAAGAAAAGCGGCGUUUGGCUUUGGCAAAGUUGAUGGCCAAAAAAGCGCAGCAGCCAGCAACAAAUUCUACAACUAGUGUAAAGCCGGCAACAAGUGUCACCUCGCCACAGCAGUUGAGCGCCAAAUCAGCAUCAAAUUUUUAUAAAUCUCCUCCUCAAAACAACAAUACAAGGCCAACAAUACAAGCUGCUGCUGUUGGUAACAAAAGCUCAGCAUUUUUGAAUGCAUUAAAAGCAAUAAAGUCAACAAGCGCGCGAGAACUGGGACGUGUUGCAGCACAUCCUUACCAGCGACCAAAAGAUGCGCCGAAACCGCUAUUGGGGCUUAGUCCGGAAAAGAAUAAGCAACAAACGGGCGCUGCAUUGGCGCCAGUAUUUGUCAAGUCAAUUACCUGUCGCGUAUACAUGAUUAGUCGCAAACGUUUUGCUGUAGAACCUUCAGGCUAUAAUGACAAGCUCAUAAUGGUAUUUAAAAAGAUGCCCACUAAGAUGUACGACAGCAAGACGCGGAUUUGGAAUUUUGAUCUUACGGAUUAUCAGCUGCUGCUUCAGCAUGUGACUGAUCUAAAGCCCAAUGUAGUUAUAGGCACUAUACCCAAAAAAGUGAUAGACUUAUGUCAAAGACCUGCAAAGUCAAUUGAGCGCAGCGUGCUGGCUUCCAUAAGUGAUUCAUUGGCGCAGAAACUUAUGCCGUUUCAGGAGGAGGGAGUUUGCUUUGCUAUUGCGCAGCAGGGACGUCUUAUGAUCUGUGAUGAAAUGGGUUUGGGCAAAACCUAUCAAGCACUGGCUGUUGCUGACUACUUUAAGGAUGAUUGGCCACUGCUUAUAUGCACUACUGCCAGCACACGUGAUACCUGGGCGCGACACGUCACCGAACUGCUGCCUGCAUUGCCCCUACACUGUAUUCAAGUACUGGCUAAUAGUCAAAUUUACUUUGGCGAUGCCAAGGUGCUUAUCACUAGCUACAAUAUGAUGGAACGUUAUAUGGACAAGCUGCUGCAACGUAAAUUUGGUUUUGUUAUAUUUGAUGAAUCGCAUACACUAAAGAACAGCAAGGCCAAGUGCACAACGGUGGCCAAGCGUCUAACAGAUCAGGCCAAACGUGUGAUAUUAUUAUCUGGCACACCAGCGUUGUCGCGUCCUUUGGAGCUAUUUACACAGCUGCAAUUAGUCGAUAGUCGUUUUAUGAACUUUAUGGAAUUUACUUCGCGCUAUUGUGAUGGCAAACAGAAUCAGUUUGGCUGGGAUGCCAAUGGGCAAUCGAAUUUAGAGGAACUGCGCGCCAUUUUAAUGCUCAAGUAUAUGAUAAGACGCACUAAGGCUGAAGUGCUGCCGCAGCUGUCGCAAAAGCAUCGUGAAACUGUUGUGCUAGAUCCAGCGCUAGUAUGGACCAAUGAAGAUGCCAAAAGCACCUGCAGUGAUUUCAAUAAGGAACUGCAGCAGGCCAAAGGCAAAUCGCGUGAGGAAAUCUUAUUGCGUUUUUAUGCACGCACUGCUGAAGUUAAAACCAAAGCUGUUUGCGCAUAUUUAAAGACUUUAGUAAAGGAGCAAAUAAAGUUUAUUAUAUUUGCACAUCAUCGCAUUAUGCUGGAUGCCAUAAGCACUUGUCUAUGUGGAUUGCAUGUGGAUUUUAUACGCAUUGAUGGCACAACACGCAGCGAUUUGCGUGCGGAUUAUGUGGAUACAUUUCAGAAUAAAAGUAACUGCAAGGUGGCAGUGCUUUCGCUUAAAGCCUGCAAUUCAGGCAUUACACUAACUGCAGCUGAAAUGAUUCUAUUUGCUGAGCUGGACUGGAAUCCAAGCACGCUUGCGCAGGCAGAGAGUCGCGCUCAUCGCAUAGGCCAAACCAAGCCUGUUAUAUGUCGCUAUUUGAUGGCAAACCAAACAGCAGACGAUACUAUAUGGAUAAUGCUAAAAAAUAAACAAGAAGUGCUAAGCAAAGCAGGCAUAUUUGCUGAAAACUUGCAAGAAGCGAAGCAUACAGCGGCGCCUACAACGUCACAUCACAUCGAAGAAUACUUUUCACCCACAAAGUCAAUCCCAAACCAAUGCAAGGCAAGCACUAUGAAACAAUUCUUAACAAGCCAAACUAACAGCAAUAAUAAGCAAUCGACUGAUAAGGAUAAGGAUAAAGGCAUUGAUACAUUUUUUGAUCAUGAUGAGGCAGAUGACACCAUGGCGCAGUUCCUAACACAAGCUAAAUCGCAAGCUAAUCCGAUUGAUAGGGAUGUUGCGGCAUUUUUUGAUAAUGAUGAUGAUGAUGAAGCGUUUAAAGAUUUGAUAUUUUAA